AUGGGAUUGUCCAGCAGGGAGGUGCAGAAAGCUGUGAACACCGCUCAGGGGCUCUUCCAGAGGUGGACGGAGCUCUUGCAAGAUCCCUCCAUCGCCACAAGAGAAGAAAUCGACUGGACCACUAAUGAGCUCAGGAAUAACCUGCGGAGCAUUGAGUGGGACCUGGAAGAUUUGGAUGAAACCAUUAGCAUCGUUGAAGCAAACCCGCGGAAAUUCAACCUCGAUGCGACGGAGCUGGGUAUCAGGAAAACCUUCAUCACGAGCACGCGACAGGUGGUCAGGGAAAUGAAGGAUCAGAUGUCAAACUCCUCCAUGCAAGCACUGGCCGAAAGGAAAAACAGGCAGGCACUCCUGGGAGAAAGCGGGAGUCAGAGUUGGAGCUCUGGACCUGACAAAUACAGCCGUCUGGACCGGGAGCUGCAAUUAGCAAAUUCACACUUCAUCGAGGAGCAGCAAGCUCAACAACAGUUGAUUGUGGAGCAGCAAGAUGAGCAGUUGGAGCUGGUCUCUGGCAGCAUCGGGGUGCUGAAGAACAUGUCCCAGCGCAUUGGCGGGGAGCUGGAGGAGCAAGCAGUGAUGCUGGAUGACUUCUCCCACGAGUUAGACAGCACUCAGUCGCGGCUUGAUAACGUCAUGAAGAAGCUCGCCAAAGUGUCUCACAUGACGAGCGAUCGACGGCAGUGGUGUGCAAUUAUCGUCCUCUUCGUCAUCUUGCUGGUGGUGCUCAUCCUGUUCUUUGUCCUGUGAUGGACUGAACUUCCUUGGACGCCCCCUCCCCGCCCCCUCGCCCCCGUAGCACGGGGAAAUGAAACUCUCACCGUUUCCGUCCGCCCACAGAGAUACCAGGCAAGAAAACCCGCACGCAGCUCUCA